AUGUCUUGCUGCUGGCAGCACAGCAGCAGCAAAUACGAGCAGCAGCAGCAGCAGCAGCAGGAGGACACCCCCGUUGCCCACCUCAACAACCUGUAUAUACACCUCAGAAAGGCAGCAAACCAUCCACUUCUUUUCGCCAACAAAACCACAGAGACACCCCCGCCGCUGCAGUCCCUGCUGCGAGACUCAGCAGCAGCAGCAGCAGCAGCUGCUGCCCCCAGCAGCAGCAGCAGCAGCAGCAGCAGCGGCGGCGAGGAGGACGUGGACCCCUGGAGUGGCGCAGGGGAGGAGCUGCUGCUGCGGGGCUCGAACAAGCUGUUGCUGCUGCAGCGAAUAGUGGCUUUUUGUUUGCGAAAAAGAGAAAAAGUAAUUAUUUUUAGCUACUCAACUUUGCUGCUAAACCUCGCCAAUGAUCUGCUGCUCGAAGCAGCAGUUCUCCCCGCCCGCCUCGACGGCCAAACCCCAGAGCCCGAGCGCCGCAGAAACCUCCAGGCCUUUCUCAGGCCGCCCCCAGAAUCCCCCGAGCUGGAGGGGGAGGAGGACGAGGACUCUUGGAGCCCCAUGGUGCUGCUGCUGUCAGUCUUGGCUGGCGGCUACGGCCUCAACCUGGUGGCCCCAGCCCAGCCCGGCAGCAGCAGCAGCAGCAGCAGCAGCAGCGGCAGCAGCAGCAACAGAGGGUGCCGCUGCUGCGUGUUUCUGGAGGGCGGAGGCGGAGGAAACCCUCAAGUUGAAAGACAGGCAAUUGCUCGGAUUCACCGCCAGGGCCAAAUGCGGCCAGUUGUUGCCAUCAGGCUCAUCUCAAAGCACACUGUUGAAGAAGUCCUCUACCGCCGCGGGUCCUCCAAGCUGCGGCUCUCGGAGACGGUGCUGGCAGCAGCAGAGUCUGCUGCUGCUGCUGCUGCAGCAGCAGCAGCAGCAGCGGGCGGGGCGGACACUGCUGCAGCAAAGCCGCCUCUCAAGAGCCUGCAGGCCUUCGACUGUGGGGCCCUGCUGCUCCCAGAUGCAGCAGCAGAAGCCACGAACCUGCAGCAGCAGCAGCGGCAGCUGGUGGAGUCGCUGCGCUUUGGGGCUGCAGCUCUUGCAGCAGCAGACAGCAGCAGCAGCAGCACAGGGAAGGGAGCGGGGCAGGAAGAGAACCUUUUCGAUUCAUUGCAGAUAGAAAAGAUUCUCGAAGAUGCGUUUAGUGAUGCUGCUUCUCCUGCUCCUGCUGCUGACGCAGCUGCUGCUGCAGGGGCUGCAACAGCAGCAGCAACGGCAUCAGCAACACCAGCAGCAACAGCAGCAGCAACAGCAGCAGCAACAGCAGCAGAAGACCAGAUGAGCUCUGGGGAGUCUAUCUAUGUCUUUGAAGAAAAAGACUUUACUCCUUUUGUUAGAGGAAAUGCUCGCGUAGAUGAUGCAGCAGCAGUGGAGUCGCUUGCUGCUGCUGCUGCUGCUGCUGAAGCUGCUGCUGCUGCAGAUGGCUCCAAAGAAGAGGUCAGUGCCUGGGGCUGCUUUUGCUGCUGCAGCCGCAGCUUUGCCACCUGA